CUCUCUCUCUCUUGUCUUCUCUCUCCCCCAUAAAUCCCAAAGCUCCUUGAAACAUUGGAGAUUGAAGUAGUAUGGAUGGAAAUUUUGAAGUGCUUAAGAUCCUUGGUGGCCAAAACUUGUGUCACAUAUCUCAAUGCAGCAGCAAGGCAGAAGCAAAUUAAGUGCUUUUACUCCUCUGGCACCUCCUUCAAGGCCAGCUUCAGAGAUUGAAAAAAGCAAUGGAAAUAGAUUACUGAGGUUCUCUGACUGUCACUAGGAAUGAGAUGGGUUGUGCUGCGACUUAAGAGGAUAAGGUUACGGAAAUCAGUGAGGUUUUGGUCAGACUCUUCGAGUCUCUUACUCAUCGUUCCCCAUCAUCUUUCCCAAUCAAAACCCACCCUUUUCUUCUAAACAUUCAACACCAACUUCCCUUCAUCUUCUUUUGCUUUUGCUUUGCUUUUUGUUUGAGUUUCCACCAUCAGUUGAGCGAGUCUUUAUUUAUAACUCAGUUUCCCUUCAAAUCCCAUCCUUUCUCUUCCAAUUAUUUGAGCUUUUUGAUAUGCCAUGAAAGUACAAUUCAUCUGUUUUUCGCUAUCCUUUUUGGGGUUUCCCUGUUCUUGCUGGGUGUCAUUUCUGAGUCUGAACCGAGGCCCUUGAAAUCUGUGAUUUUCUCUGGUAGUAUUCAGGUCAGGCCAAGGGUGAUUUCUUUUUAUUUUUCUUUACAUUUCUUCUCUGGGUUUGUCACGGUUACUUUUGGGGCUCUGCACCUCACCCUGCAUCUUACUCAUUUUCAGAAAGAAAUAAAAAUCUGAUAAAUAUCCGUGUGAAAGCCCAGUUUCUUUUGAAGAGUGAUCAAGUAAGUUAGAUCAACCAGUAUGGCAGGUUCCAACACCAGAUGGAGCCAUGGGUUUCAUGGAAAAUCAAUCAAAGACGAAGACUUUGAUGAAGAACAAGCGUGGGGCUUUCCCAGCGAAACCAAAACAGAAGAAGCUUCUACCCCUGUGGCAACAAAAUUCAAGCACUUCAAUUCAUCACCCUCUUCUUCUUCUAACUCCUCUGCUUGGUGCAUGCAGAUCAGCUCUGCUCCAAAAAUGAUCCCAAAAGCCAAAACCACACCCAAUCAAGAACCCAAAACUGUGAAGAGAUCCUCAGCUCCUCUGGAGAUACCAGACUGGUCCAAGAUAUAUGGAAGGAAUGGCAACAUGGGUAGUCCAUGGAUGGACGAGGGAUACGGCUUUAUUAACGAUGAUGAGGAGGAAGAGGAGGAGGAGGAUGUUAUGGUUCCUCCACAUGAAUGGAUUGCUAGGAAGCUUGCAAGGACCCAAAUUUCAUCCUUCUCAGUUUGUGAAGGCAUUGGAAGAACAUUGAAGGGAAGAGAUCUAAGUAAAGUGAGGAAUGCCAUAUUGACCAAAACUGGCUUUUUGGAGUAAUGCAACAAAAAACCAUCAUCAUCUUCUUCCAGAUUUCAGAACAACUGUUCGCGUCUUCUUUUUCUUUUUUUUGGGUCAGUUUUGAUCUCACAUUUUGGUUGUUUCAUUUGAGUUUUUGGUAAUUGAAUUCCAGUUUUGUAAUAAACACAAAACGAUAGAGCCUUAUAUUUUUCGAAUUUUUAGUGA